AUGGAUGAUUCAAAGCCAGUUGACCAGAUAUUUACUAAAGCGCUGCCAAAGAUCGAGCUGCACGCCCAUCUCAGCGGGAGCAUUAGUCGCCAAUGCCUCCACGAAAUUUGGAAAAGGAAAAUAGAGCAGAACCCCGCUUUUGACGUUGAGGACCCACUGGUAUUAAUGCCUCCGGGCAAGGUCGAUUAUACACUGGAAACGUUCUUUUCAACGUUUUCCAAGUUGACAUACCAGCUCUGCAACGACCUAGAAAGCCUAGUAUAUGCCACUAACUCGGUUCUCGAAGACUUUCUCCGUGAUGGAGUUGUGUACCUCGAAUUACGGACCAUACCGAGAGCAUCUCCCGGCAUCAAUCGAGAGCAAUACAUCAACACAGUGCUAGACACAAUUGAGAAAUUUCGAACCAAAACUAGACUUAUGUCUGUGUUUUUGAUUCUCGCCAUCGAUCGCGGCAGUAUGACAGCAGUCGAGGCGGACGAGAUUAUCAAUCUUGCGAUCGAACAUAAGCCGCGCGGAGUGGUGGGGGUGGAUAUCUGCGGCAACCCAACCAAAGGCGAUGUCAGCAUCUACAAACAACCGUUUUCAAAAGCCAAAGCCAAUGGGUUAGGAAUUACUCUUCACUUUGCUGAGACAACAGCCUCGGCUUCUGCGAGCGAGCUGUCGACCCUUCUUUCUUUCCAGCCUGACCGACUGGGCCAUGUCAUCCAUGUCCCUGACGAGAUCAAGAAGGAGAUCGCGCGGCGCAAGCUAAGCCUCGAACUGUGUAUUUCUUGCAAUGUUCACGCGAAGAUGAUUAAUGGUGGGUUCAUGGAUCAUCAUUUCGGUUACUGGCGACAUGAGGACUGUCCUAUUGCACUCUGUACUGAUGACGUGGGAUUUUUCUGUAGCCCCGUGUCAAAUGAGUACUUGUUGGCCGCACAGCAUUUUGGUUUGAGCCGUACUGAUCUCUUGGACAUGUGCACCAAGUCGGCAGAUGCAAAUUUCGCUGGUGAGUACUACAAAGGGAGAAUCCAGGAACUUCAGAUGCUCAGGAACAUCAAUCGAUUAAAGCCCAUAAUCAUGGCAAAUGGAGCUCUCCCACAGACUCUCAAGGCUAUCACUGCCACGAAAAUCAAUGAACUUUCCAAGCAGCGGGCCUUAUUUGAUCAGCGCAAAACCGAGAUCCUUGCCGUUGCGAAUGGAGCCCCAGAUCUACGCGCCCGUGCUCAAGCUUUGCUGGAUGGGAUAUCACGUCUGAAAGGAUACCCCAAGGACACGCUUGACAAAAAUGACGCGGAUUUAGAUGCUGAGUCCGCGGAUGAGUUGGAAGAGAAACUCACUCCACGAGGGGUCGGUCGUUUACAGCCAGAAGAUCAUAAGAACAUGCGCCACGUGCUUCUACAAGGUCGCUACGACCAUUCCAUCUCCCAGGCAGCUUUGAAGGAUCGCAUCGCUCAACUUGAAAAGGAGUUGCAGUAUCUUGAGAUAAAGCAUAAACAUGGCGAUUUCUAUAGUAAAUUGGUUACGGAGUGGCUGUCGGAGUUGGAUGGAAGCAUUGCUAGCACUGCAGAUGAAACCAAAUCCACUGACUCCGACCCAAAAUUGGAAAAAGCUGGACGGGCAGAGAUGCACGAGCAACGCGCGACUUGGGAGUCCUUCGUUUUUACUCCUGCAACCCACGUCAGCGAAGAUGCAAUCCAGUCCUACCUCAAUGAUCUUUUCAUGAAAACCAACCUUUCUCAACAGGCACUCAAGGAUCUCCGAGUAAGUAUCCAAUUAUUUGGAACAGAACUAUUCUCGAAAGGCGAUUGGCUCGAUUUGGAUGAACUCAAGUGGGUGUCUCAGGCGCUGAUCAAGAGCGACCUACUUGGUGAAGAAAAGACCGCCAUUCUGAAAGAAUUCAUGCGUAACGACGAAGUUGCCCAGGAAGUGGCAGAUGUGCUCAACAUGCGUCUUGCCUCGCUCGAGAGCUGGACCUGGACUGGAGCCGUAGAUGGUAUUCCCGUUGAACUGCGCCGUCAGCUCAACGGUAAAUACCGGGCUUUCAUGGAUGAAGACCUUCUCGACGCUCUUAUGCUACAGUAUCUUGGUACAACCUGGGCCGUGAAGUUGCGAGAGGUAUUCGUGACAUUCCUAGGUUCCAACGCCUGGAAGGCUCCACAUGAGGAUAUCCCGGAAGAUCAUAAGGAAAUGCGCAAGUACUUCCUUGGCCGAUAUGCAAACUCGGACUCUGGUAAGAUCAAUGAGAUUCGAAAGCGGACAUACACCGAAAAUUAUUUCAUGACCCAACUGCCCGCUUCAACCGAAGAAGGUGCACGACAGUAUGAUGACGAGGGGACCAAAGCAAAGAACGCCCUGGAUACAAAGCACUCCCUGCUGCACCUCCUAGUCACAGAAUCUAUCAUCCAUAAGCAUCAGCAUGGGGGCUUUACUGCAGUCCGCUCGGACUUUGAGUGGUUUGGCGCUUCAAUGCCCCAUGCCACUCUCCUCACCGUACUGAAAUUCUUUGGGGUUUCCGAGCAAUGGCUCAAGUUUUUCCUGUUGUUCCUGGAGGCUCCGCUCAAAUUUGCCCAAGAUGGACCUCAGGCCUCCAUACAAGUUCGCAAGCGUGGUCUUCCAACCAGUCAUACACUAAGUGAUUGCCUCGGAGAGUCUGUUCUCUUCUGUAUGGACUACGCAGUCAACCAAGCUACAGACGGCGGUUUCCUGUACCGACUCCAUGAUGAUUUCUGGUUCUGGGGGUCCGAGAAAACUUGCGUUGAGUCAUGGCAGGCAAUGGAGCAUUUUACUAAAGUUAUGGGUCUGAAGUUCAAUCAGGAGAAGACUGGAAGUGUGCGGAUGGGGCUGAAUAAAACCUCGAAAGAGUCGGCUCUUCCCACCGGUGAUAUCCGCUGGGGCUUCCUGGUUCUGAAUGCGGAACAAGAAAAGUUCAUAAUCGACCAGGCCCAGGUUGAUAAGCAUAUUGAAGAGCUUUCACGGCAGCUUUCAUCCUGCAAGAGUGUGUUUGCUUGGGUACAGGCAUGGAACAGUUACUUCGGCCGCUUCUUCGCCAACAACUUUGCAAACCCAGCCCUUUGUUUCGGUCGGGACCAUAUCGACAUGGCCAUUUCCACCCUGAGCCGCAUCGAGCGCACACUAUUUAACAAAACCUCAGACGAUAAGAGUCCAUCUGCCCAAAUCAGUGGUGUCACCGACUAUCUACGCACUGUAAUCGCUGAUCGGUUUGACAUGCACGAUCUCCCCGAUGGAUUCUUCUAUUAUCCCACCGAACUCGGCGGCCUGGAGCUCCUCAAUCCCUUCAUUAGACUUUUUGCAAUGCGUGAAAACAUCAAGCAAACCCCCCGGAAGCUACUGCACAAGGCUUCGCUAAGGGACGAGAAGGAAUAUGAGGAAGCCAAAGCGAAUUUCAUAAAGAACGGCGCUGAUGCUAGGGGCCAAUUUGGGAAAAAAUGGAGCAACGAAAAGAAGCCAUUCAUGUCCCUAGAAGAGUACACCCGGUAUCAAGAAACAUUCAGCGAUUCCCUUGCUGGCGUGUAUCUGAAAUUGACCAUGGUGCCGAGCGAGACGAGUAUGGAGCGGACUUGGGGCUUUGAAAGGGAGCAAAGAUUCCUUAGUCAAAAUUCCUCUAAAUGCUCUAUCAAUGAUUCCUGGUACACAAUGACGCCGUACUGGCGCUGGGUGGCAGAGUUGUAUCGCGAAGAGAUGGCUCGUACUUACGGUAGCUUGGCUGCUGCCAAUCGCGAGUUUAUGCCCCUUGGUGUCGUGAAGACCCUCCGGGAGGGUAGAUUCAGAUGGCAGGGUUGA